AUGGGACAGCCUGUGGACAACAAGGAGGACAUGUCCACAGUCACCCCUCAGAAGAAAGGGGUAUCAAGUGAAGAGAGGACAUCAACUCCUGCACCCGACACGGAGAUGAAUUCAUCAACCACUCUCAAGCAUUAUGUGCGUCAUUCCCAGUUGAUGUCUGCUGGGGAGAAGGAAUUUGUCCUGAAGAGGAAGAAAGUUGUUCUGAAGUCACUCAACAGGCUUGGAAUGGAGUGUACACUGAAUUCCGUCCCUCACAUCACACUCUUGGGAUCUGGUGGGGGUCAGAGGGCAGCUGUGGGUUUGGUGGGCUCCCUGUAUCAGAUGGAAAAGGAAGGACUGUUGGACACUCUGCUAUACCUAGGAGGAGUUUCUGGCUCUGCCUGGUCCAUGUCCUCCCUGUACAGUGACCAAGAGUGGAGCACCAACAUGGGGAGAGCAGUGUCAAGGCUGUCAGGUCCUGGGGUCGGGCUAGCGGAGGCUCUGGUCCAGCUAGGCGAGAGAGCAAAGGAGGAGCACUUCUCUCUGACGGAUAUCUGGGGGGUCAUGACCUCUGCUGGGAUCAUGAAACAGUUGGAUCUUCGACAUCUUUCUGGGGAUGCCAUGAAUGCCUUCAAUCCCUAUCCUAUCUACAAUGCAGUCAACAAAAACUGCCUCCAAAAUGGCCCUGUAAAAGGUAAAUGGUUUGAGAUGACUCCUCAUGAAGCUGGCUUCACAGAUCUGGGUUUCUUCAUUAACACCUCCCAUUUGAUCAGCAGCCAUGAAGCAGAUCGCGGAGUUAAAGGGCCAGAGAUGGACAUGAUCAAGCUGCAAGGUAUCAUGGGCAGCAUUGUAGCAGAUGAAAAAAGUCUGGUAAACAUUAUGCCUGACUGGUUGAAAGUUCCACGGCAUAUCAACAAUUUCUGGGACAUCUUGGACCGUUACAUGCGUGGGUACCACAGUCUGUUGAAGUUAACAGAAGUGAUUAGAAAAAACACUGAAGAUCCCAUUGUUUUAUCUGACCUGGACCACCUGCAGAAAACAUUGAAAGAAAGUAUGAACUUAAACCCAGCGGCAAUUUUUGAAAAGAAGAGCCAAGAACAACCAAAGCUGAUUCUUGAGCAGUGGCGUCAGAAGAUGUUGGCACCCUUAGAGAUUUGGAGCCAGAGUCUGGAUGAAGCACCAAUAAAAGAGAAUAUUUCUCUGCUGAUCCAAAAAGUAAUCCCUCUUAUUUUGAAAUGGGAAUGGGGAACAACUAAAAACUUCCUCUACCAAUACCCAGGUGCUGUGGUGCCGUCUUGUAUCAAACUUAAUAAGGAGCACCUACAGCUGAUAGACGCUGGUCUGAUGCUCAACAUGCCCUACCCUCCCUUCCUGGGAGAAAAGAGAGAUGCAGACCUUCUUAUUGCUCUGGACUAUGGGGCUAAUGGCACCUUCCAGACUCUGACUCUUGCCAGAGAAUACGCAGUGGCAGUGAAUAAGCCUUUUCCAGAAAUAAACGAUAAGAUUCUGGAGGAGACGGACUGGCCAAAGGACUGCUACGUGUUUGAGGGAAAAAAGAAGGAACCCACGAUUGUUUACAUGCCACUCUUCAACAGACACAACUGCAAAGAUGCGAAGCAGGCCAAAGCAAAGAUGGAGGAGUUCUCCACCUUCCAGCUUCCCUUCAGCCAGGAGAAGAUAGAAUUUUUGUUGGAGAUGGCGAAAGCCAACAUAAAGAACAACAAGGAAACUCUGCUGAGGGAGAUUCACAAGGCUGUUAUCCGCCGUCAACUCAAUAUCUAG